AUGGCAUUACGACUUAUAACCAGAUUUAGAGGGUUGCAUAUACCUCAAAGAUCAUUUCAUCAAUCUACUUUUAGACUUAAUGAACCUAUUCAAUCAACAACUACCACCACCACCACAACAACAACAACAACCGAUGAAAUACAAACCACCACCAAACCUCGUUUCCAAUCAAGAUUCCGUCGUAAUCAACCACAACAUCAACAAAAACGGGCUCCAUAUACAUCUUCACAAGUAACUGAGAAUUUGACCAUAGGAGAAAUCAAUCGUGUAAGAACUGUACCUACCUUAAUGACCUAUUAUGGUGGUAAUCCGGUUCAUGAAGAUAAUAUGAAUAGAUUACGUGCUGUUUUAAAAAAAUAUCAACAAUUACCAAUUAGAGUAGUACCUGAUAGAGAAAUUCAAAAUCAAAAAUUCAUUGGAUUUGAUGAUUAUUUAGAAAAAACUCAAUCAGGAACUAGAGUUAAAAAGAUCCGUUAUCGUGAAUUAAUCAAUCUUUUAAAUAGAUUAAGAACUAUUGAUUUAGAAUUAAUGCCUAUUGAAGUAUCAGAAAUAUUAUCGGAAUAUACUAGUAAAUCAGUGAGUAAAAUUACUCAAUUGACUCGUGAAAAAACUUUGGAUUGUUUUGGUAGAGCUAGAACUCAAGCUAAAAGAAAACUGUCAAUUGCUAAAAUUUAUCUUGUUAAAGGUGAAGGUGAAGUAUUAGUUAAUGGGAAAUCAUUAAUUGAAUUUUUCCCUAAUAUUUAUGCUAGAAAAAAUAUUCUUUAUCCAUUUCAAGUUGUUGAACAAGAAGGGAAAUAUAAUGUUUUCGCUCAAGUCACUGGUGGUGGAUAUACUGGACAAAGUGAAGCCAUUAUGUAUGCCAUUGCUAAAGCAUUGGUGGUGUUUAACCCAUUAUUGAAACCAAGAUUAUCUAAAGCUGGAUUAACGAAGAGCGAUACAAGAAUUGUCGAAAGAAAGAAACCUGGUAAGGUUAAAGCUAGAAAAUCUCCAACUUGGGUCAAACGUUAG